GCUAUUCAACCUGAUUUUCCUGUGUUACAACCAUGCAGUUCCCAGUGCCAAGGGUUAUUUAGAUGGCAUAUAGUGAUGGCAAAGCCGGAAGCUACAUCUGGAUAUGAAUCCCUCUUCUGCUUCUGGACAGAAAUGAAGAGGAUGCUCAGAAAAGAGGCCUGGCUGGCCAUACACUCCAUGCUGGCAGCAGGAUGAUGUUACUGCAGCCCUAGCAGGAGCAGGGGGAGCCAUGUUCUACCUGGUCUCCAUGUUUUUUAGUUUUGUUGCGGGAGAGAAGAUCACAGGAUUUUCUCAUUCAGAUUGCUUCACCAAAAAACUUCUUUGGACAUACUCUGCGAGGAGUACUGAGAACACUGUCAUAUUUUGUGAUUUACCAGAACUACAGAAAUCACAUUUCUCCCACAGAGAUCAAGUCUCACCAACUCAAGGCCCUGCCCACCCACCCUGCAGUGGUAGCAAGAAUCUAACUGAUGUCCAGUGGUACAUGCAACCUUGGGGUGGAGGUCCAUUAGAGGAAGUCACUAGCAACUCUCCUCACUCUCGGGACAAGAGCACGCUGUACCUUUUGGCCUCAGAGAUGGAUAAUUUGGGCACAUAUAUUUGUAAACCCCGGAUUAGGCGCCCCCAGGAUAUGGCUUGCUGUAUCAAGACAAUCUUAGAAUUUCAACCUCAGACAAAUGUAUCCUGUGGGAACUUGGUAGAACAUAAACAAGACCUACUUAUUGGUAGCACUGGAUCCAUUUAUUGUCCCAGUCUUGGCUGCCAAAGUGGUAUACAAAGUCCAGAGAUGACCUGGUACAAGAAUGGACAGCUUCUCCCUCAGGAGAAGAGCAACCCGAUCAUAGUGGAUGAAGUUUACCACUUUAACCGGGGCAUGUACAUAUGUGAUUACACUCAGUCGAAUAAUGUGAGUUCCUGGACAGUCAGAGCUGCUGUUCAAGUGAGAACUGUUGUGGACGACAUUAACUUGAAACCAGCCAUUCUGGAGCCCAUUGUUGACACAGUGGAAGUGGAACUUGGAAAGCCUUUAACUCUUCCCUGCAAAGUGCAAUUUGGCUUCCAAAGAGCCCUUAAGCCUGUGAUAAGGUGGUACAUCAGAGAGUCUGCCCAGGAGUGGGAAAUCCAAGGGUUUCAAGAGAAAAGUAUUAAAUCUACUUUAAAGGACAAAGUCAUUGAAUACACUAUGUUCUUGGAAGAAGUCACUGAAAGGGAUCUUGGCAAAAAGUUUGUUUGCUUUGCCCAGAACUCCAUCGGGAAUACAACUCAGAUCAUCAAGCUGAAGGAGAAGAAGAGAGUGCUGUUCCUGUACAUCCUGCUUGGCACCAUCAUGGUGCUGGUGAGCCUGCUGGUGGCGGGUGCCUUCCUCUACACCUACUGGAUUGAAAUGGUGCUGCUCUGCAGAACCUACUGGAGCAAGGAUGAGACUCUCGGGGAUAAAAAGGAAUUUGAUGCUUUUGUAUCCUAUGCGAAAUGCAGCUCUUUUGAAAGUGAGGCUGUCUCUUCUCCGAGUGAGGAACACUUGGCCUUGAAACUGUUUCCUGAAGUUCUGGAAAACAAAUAUGGUUACAGCUUGUGUUUGCUUGAAAGAGAUGUGCCCCCAGGAGGAGUGUAUGCAGAUGACAUUGUGAACAUCAUUAAGACCAGCAGAAGAGGAGUAUUUAUCCUGAGUCCCAACUAUGUCAAUGGACCCCAUGUCUUUGAACUACAAGCGGCAGUGAACCUCGCUUUGGCUGAUCAAACACUGAAGCUAAUUUUAAUUAAAUUCUGUGAUUUCCAGGAGCCAGAAUCUCUACCUCUUCUUGUCAGGAAAGCUCUCAGGGUUCUUCCUACAGUCACUUGGAAAGGCUUAAAAUCAGUUCGUCCCAGUUCCAGGUUCUGGACCCAAAUGUGUUACCAUAUGCCCAUAAAAAACUCUAGUAGAUUCAUGUGGAAUCAGCUUAGAAUUUUCCCAAGGAAUUGUUUCCACUGGAAAGGACCAAGUGAACCUGAAACCACUGGGAGGAGCUCCCAGCUCAGGGAAUGGCAAGAGAACCAGGAGGAGCCCCUUCCUCUCCAGCCCCCAAGAGAAUGGUGCUGAUGGGCAGAGCUCGCUGCCUGGAUCAGGCUGAUAGAAAACCAAGUCUUCCUUUUCUUAGCACUGAGCACACUUGACAGGCACUGGAACAAGACUGAGGCUGUGGUUUAAAUUCUGGUGUUCUGGACUGGACAGAGGGAGAGUGAUUGUCCAGACCUCUGUGUGCACGCAUUUAGCACCCAAGACCCUGAGUGCUUCCAGAUAUGCUAGCAGAAUGAGCAGAGACGGUUACUUCUGCUUCGUGGUUUUGGACUGUGUCUACCAUACCUGCCUGUCCAUUGUACACUGUAAAUAUGAAUCCAUGCAUAUGCUUUCAAAUGAGUAUAUAUGAGUGUUUUAACUCUGUGUAAAGCGUGUGGGUAAAGAAGACAAUUAUUACUCCUUGUCCAUUCAGCAACUCUAUAGUUUUUAUAAUUAAUUAAUUAAUUUAAUUUUUUAAUGUGUAUGAGUAUUUUGCCUGUAUGUAUGAAAGUGUA